GCUCUGUCGAAACUCGAAUCACGAAUGUCGAUUGUCGGAUAGAAUACAUCGAGGUUUUCGCCGGUGUACGAUUUACUUCAAUUAUCAUGAGCAAGUUCGCUGGAGAACUUGCGUUUUGUUGUUUUGUGUAGAGAAAUCUGUGGACUCCAUUAUUCUGAGAAUCGUUAUAUUGUGUCGUGAAACAAAUAAUGGAUUGGUAUGAUACAGUGACGUCUCUUCUUGCAACCUUGAUUAUGGUUACAAGAAUUACUGUAUUUUGAAAAUAUUUCCAAGUGUUUUCUACAAGAAAACGUUUGUGAGAUUUUCAAGCAACGGUGAUUUUAAUUGUGCUUGUGCUUUACGAAUUCGGUGUUAUGUCGGACGGCAGGAGUAUUGACAAGGAGCGCAAAUCUCCCAGAGAAAGUGGUGAAGAUUCUGAAGAUGAAAGCGAAAUCCUAGAAGAAAGCCCCUGCGGCCGUUGGCUCAAACGCCGAGAAGAGGUUGAGCAGCGAGAUGUACCAGGCAUCGAUUGUGCCCACCUCGCCAUGGACACUGAGGAAGGAGUUGAGGUGGUCUGGAAUGAAGUGCAGUUCUCUGAACGGAAGAACUUUAAGGCGCAGGAAGACAAAAUACAAAUGGUGUUUGACAAUCUUACACGACUCGAACAUCCGAACAUUGUCAAGUUUCACAAAUACUGGACGGACACCCAUAACGAUAAGCCGAGGGUUAUAUUCAUCACAGAGUACAUGUCGUGUGGUUCACUGAAGCAGUUCUUGAAGCGGACCAAGCGGAAUGUUAAACGGCUACCUCUGCAAGCGUGGAAGCGAUGGUGCACACAAAUCCUUUCUGCACUCAGUUAUCUCCACGGUUGCGUCCCGCCCAUAAUCCACGGCAACCUGACGUGCGACACAAUCUUCAUCCAACACAAUGGGCUGGUGAAGAUCGGCUCCGUGGCGCCGGACGCCAUUCAUCAUCACGUCAAGACUUGCCGCGAGAACAUGAGAAACAUGCAUCUCAUCGCGCCUGAAUAUGGAUCUUCUCAAAUGGUGACCCCAGCGAUGGAUAUCUACUCGUUCGGCAUGUGCGCUCUCGAGACAGCCGCUCUAGAGAUUCAGGGCAAUGGCGACUCUGGCAGCCACGUCACCGAAGAUCACAUCGUACGCACAGUUGAGUCGCUGGAGGAGAGCAGGCAGAAGGACUUUAUAUACAGAUGUAUAAACAAGGAUCCAGCUAAAAGGCCAACCGCAAAGGAGCUGCUCUUCCAUCCGCUAUUAUUCGAAGUGCAUUCCCUGAAGCUUUUAGCGGCACACAUCCUUGUUAACACGAGUGCUAACAUAUCGGAAACGAUAACGGAUGAGGUGUGCGGCAGCGGCGGCGCUCUGGCCUGGUGCGUCAAGCAGAACGAACGGCACGAGCUCUCGGCCAAAGACCUGCAGCCACACGCCGAGAAACUCGAGAAGUUCGUCGAGGAUGUCAAAUACGGUAUCUAUCCUCUGACGGCGUACGGCUGGUGGUCUGGAGGGAGACGGGUGUCGACUGCGUGCGGUCAAGCCGCGAGGGCGGAGAGUGCUCCGACCCCACCCGAGCCCCGCGCGAGAGACAGAGAGACACGCCGCGUCGUCAACAUGAUGUGCUCGCUGAAGCCGACGCACCCGCCGGCAGACCUACUCAUGACGAUACUACUUCGCAUGGACGACAAGAUGAACCGGCAGCUGACGUGUGCCGUCUCCAGGAAUGACUCCGCGUACGCGUUGGCACACGAGCUGGUGCAGCUGGGCUUCAUACACGAGGCCGACCGCGACAAGAUCAGCCGCCUCAUGGAGGACUCGUUCCGCAGUAGCUUCGGUCCCGUGGCCCCGCCCCCCGGCGCGGCCCCGCCCCCCUCGCUGGCGCCGCACCGCGCGCCGCAGCACGUGGCCAGCUAGUGACGUCAUCGGCCGCGCCCGCUACCUCGUCCGCUCUCGUACUGUUGCCCACUAUUCGUUUUUAUCUAAACCGCAUCACUUUCCCCACGUUUGCGGCGAAUUGUCCACGCGUGGUCAUUGCAACGAGUUUUAUUUUCUUCAAAUUUUAUAUUGUAUAUUUGUAUGUAUUAUUGUGAUCCCUAAAGAUUGCUGCCGCAGUGUAGUGUAAAUGUAAGUGAUACGUUAAUUUGUCUUCGAAUAUACAAAUGAAAGUACUAAGUUGUAGAGACGUUGAGUGGGGCUGUCAUGAGAACGUUCGACAAUUAGUGUAACAUUAAAUAAUACGCGGGCGGUAUGUGCGCUCUCGGACACGGGAACAUAUAAUUGAGCUGUUUCCGAUACGCGUAGCUUCUGUUAUAAAAGUGAUUUAUAGUCAUUUAGAUUAGAACGGGCCCGAAUUUGUACUGGACCACGAAAAUAUGAUAAUUUAUAAAAGACGGUCAAAUCGUACCCCGUGUGUAUCUAUAUCUUAUUGUAAUUAUAUUAAUGUUAUUAUAGAAUAUUGUCGUAACUUUUAUUUUUGCAAAUGAAUGAUUUGUCGGUCGUGCUGAGCGCGCAUCUGUGCUCUAUGCGAUCGCUAGAGUUUGACCUAAAUUGUAGUAAAUUUUUAAAUUAUAUUUAGUGAAUGCAGUUUCUAUAUUGAAUCAAUGAGAAAUAGUUAGAUAUUUUGUAAUCAAUUCAUAUUGAUUAAUUAACAACGUUGUUUAGAACAAUCAAAUUACGGUCGUUCCCAAUAUUCAGUCUAUCUCCGGUUGUGGCCUACUUGAAAUAAAAAUCUUAACUAUCGUUGACUUUUCCAAUAAACUUAUCGACGGUUACUCACCUUAACCGUACACGCACCUUAUCUGUCAAUGGGAUGACGUAUAGCUUACCAGCGAUAGAAGUUUGUAUGGAAAUUGUAAUUCAUGCGUCCCAAAACAAGGCGAUAAGAAUGACUUAUCGGGUAUAUUGGGACAGUUUCAGGUUAUUGAAAGCUAAUUACUGACAAUAAAAGGUAGUAAUUUAUCUUGAUCUGUGGAUAGUAUAUUGGGAACGGCCGUAAGGCGCAUAUCAACUCGCACGUAUGUUGCGUCAUGAACGAACUCGAUGUCGUGUCUCGACGUCUAGUUUGGAAUGCGGACGUUGUACUGCGUGCCGGUUGAUGGGUGCGGAAUCUAUUUCUUCGGGCACGGGUCAAUAUCAGUGCUGCGAAGGAUCAAGUAUUGCGAGUGUUGACACCACAGACAGCUUUAUAGUUAGUGAUACGUUAGAUGGUCGUGUCGUAGGUAAUUGCUAGUCGUACGUGAAUCUAUGAGUGUUGACUUGAAUUUGAUACGCUUUUUAAUAAAACCUAAAAGUUACGUUCUAGUUUAUAAUGUAAGUCGUUGCGGUUCGUAGAUAGAACAUCGAGGACGCUUUAGUGAUGUAGAAUUUGUAUGAACUUGUAACUGUAACGGAAUAUUUAACAAAUUAUUUAAUUUUAUUUAAACAUGUAUAGCGAGGCUUCCUCCAAGAGUUUUAUCUAAGUGGUGAUGUAUACUGAGACGAUUAUACUCAUAGUGAGCUUCUGUCAAUAUUUAGCGUUUGACGGCUUCCAAUAUUCCUUACUUUUUACAUUUAUGAAUUCCUGGCGUCACGCAUUGUCUCAUGCUAUUUCUAAUAAUUUAAUGGUUUUAUUUCAAUGCCCGUUCCGUCAAAAGUUUCAUAUCAAUAUUUCUAUACGUAAGUGUCAGGGUGCUUCUUGUACUUUGGUGCCAAUUUUUUACUUUGGAUUUAUUCGUUUUUAUUAUAAAACUUCGAUUCUGUCAUAGUUUUCAUAUUAUAUACUUUAUUUCAAAUUGCCAACACGGCCACUUUAUUUAUUAUAUUAUCUUUUGUUAUCCCCCUUUUUUGAUAAAGGAAUCAAUUGAAUGUUAUUUUUUAUAAAAUAUACUCAAAAUUGUAGUUGAAAGUAUGAAUAAUGUUAGAAGCAUGACGAUAUCCGGAUCGUAAGUGAGACAGAGCGAAUAAACGAAAUAGAUGAGAGUGAGACGGAGAACGCACUGCGGUGUGAAGAAUGCGGGGGCAUUAGCCAAAAUACUCAGGAGUAUGAGGAUGUUUGGCGAAUGUGGCGCGACUAGCGCGUAGUGAAACGAAAGACUGGCUAAUGUUACGUGGCGGACGCGGGAGGCGCGACACUCGCUUUGCUUUGGGAGACCGGGAAUACGUAGAGCAGCUGAGAAACAACAAAACAAGCCGCGAGAGAAUCACUAGCGAUGAGGCCCCGACUGAUAGGGUUACCACUCAAUUAUUUAAAGUUUGUAUUGACUGGUCGUGGCCAUGAUAUAUGGCCAAAUUACAAUAUUUCACCAUCGCUUUAAAGCGCAUUAUUGGAGACUACAUCAAACUCGGAGAAUAUUGUAUACGGAAAACUUACAGUUUUCACUUAUAUAUAUUAACAAUAGCAAUUAUUGUAAUAUGCAGUAAAGUAAAAUAAAGAAACUUAGAAGUAAAUUACAACAAAAAUUCUAUAAUAAUAGCUAAAUCUAUAUAGGGUUUUCUACUCCAAACUACUAAAGAACAUAAAUUAAGUGUAUGAACAUAAAAUAAUAUUAAUAGACAGAACAUUGGGUCAGAAUUAUAGUUAAUUCAAACUUACAUUAAAAUAUAUCGAACUUAAGUCAGAAAGAUUAAAUAUGAGCUCUCCGAUCUCCUGUUAAGCGAGACAGUACGAUUCGUGACCAGCCAUUAUGACCAGCUGAUAAUAAAAAUAAAAAUAAAUAAUAUUAACGAUCCCAAAGUGAAGUUAGUGUGACGCUCGGUAGGAAGUAUAUUAUGGCGAACGGUUUGGCGUGCCCUUUGUAAAUAUACGCUUCUAGAAUAAAAGUAUAAAUAAAUAUAUGUUAGUAACUAUUACUGGGAGUACCGAAGAGUCACAGUUUGAUUCCUAUAUAUAUCGCUUGUCAUAUAUUUAGUUUUACUUAGGUUUUAUUUUUAAAACAUAUUAUGAAGAUACAGAAAUCUCCAGGAGAACAGAUGACCUUAUCAUAAAAAUGCCUAUCUCAAUAGUUCACAAUGGAGAGAAAACCUUUCUAACAGUCAUUGAAAUAUUCCACUAACAUUAAACGGGCAAAGAAAAUAUGUGCAAGUGCGUAUGCACCAUGCCCUUGACAUUCAUUUUGCAAUUUAUUUAAUAACUUUUGAGAUGAGUCGGUGGAUAUUUUUCUUUAUAUAUAAUGGAUAAUCGAAAGCAUUGGAUUAAUUUUCUAGUAACUUCCGGAUUCAGAUGGACAUUAAAUCGACCACUUUAAGUUAGCACGUUUUGUUCCAUAAACCACCACUAGAUGGCGUGCACCUUUGUAACUUCAUUGACAACAAUAACAAUCCACUGAAACUUUAUAAAAACAUCUUUACAUUACCGUUAUUAUAAAUUAAUAAUAUUCGUAUAAUUGUAAAGACGUUCGUUAGCUUAGAAGUGCCGCGAUGUAAUUGUUGUUGUAUCUUGUUGAAACUCUAAAAAUAUGUAUACUGUGGCUUAAAAGGUGCAUUUACAUUAGUCGAUACUGUAAUGGUCGGGUCGUUUUGUCGUUUCUAACUUUUACUUGUAUGUGCAUUCACUGCCUACAGUUGAGUAUCGCGUAAUUGUGCAGUUUCCAGCCAAGCAAGAAAAAUGUUUUGCAUCUCUAUACGUUUCUUAAUUAACAUAAUAAUAUUAUAUAUACUCACAUAUGAUAGUGAUUAUUAUAUGAACCAAUAGGUUUUAAGAUGUAUUCGCUUGUGAAAUCUAGAGAUAUACUCCAACUAAAAACAUACUAAGGCUUUCGAAGUCAAUGGUAUAAGUCAACAAUCAUCACAAUUGUCCAACCCGCCGCGACUCUCAAUGUAAAUGCAUCUUAAGAUUAGUCUCCGUAAGCAACUACUUAUUUUGGUAAACAUUAAUUGUUGAUAAUUGAGAUUGUAAGCUUGGGGAGGCUAAACUUAGUCGUGCCUUAAUUGUAACUUGACAAACGUCAACUUGUAAUAUUUGAUGGAAGCUAUGUAGAAUACUUGUUAACGUUAAUAUUCAUUGCGUGAAACCUAAAUAAUUUUAUUGUUGUCAUGUCAAAUUCUAUAGAAAAUUAUAUAUUGUACUAUCUUGUAUGUACAUGAAAUUGACGGAUUGUUAGUUGAAUGUUUCCAAUAUCGUCACUGCUUUUGAGUUGUCGCACCGCCGGCGACCAGACGAAUCGUCGAUAGUGAACACCCACAUAUUUUUUUCAUGAAGCAACGUAUUGUGGUCUAUUUCAAAUCAAUUCACCAGUGGUUGGCUCCUUUGCACAGGAUGCCGGCUAGAUUAUGGGCACUACAACGGCGCCUCUUUCUGCUGUGAAGCAGUAAACAUUACUGUGUUUCGGUCUAAAGGGCGCCGUAGCUAGUAAAAUUACUGGGCAAAUGAGACUUAACAUCUUCUGUCUCAAGGUGACGAGCGCAAUUGUUUUUUGUAUUUUUCAAGAAUCCUGAGCGGCACUGCAUUGUAACGGGCAGGGCGUAUUAUUUACCAUCAACUGAAUGUCCUGCUCGUCUCGUCCCUUAUUUUCAUAAAUAAAAUUACUGAACAAUAUAAAUAGUAGCUGUCUAAUGAAUACUUUUAAUUAACGCGUUACCGCUACGAAAAAUUUCGAUAGCUAAUUACCAACACCGCUCAUAAAUCUUGGUAAAAAUCGUCUUGUCGCCGCGUGUGUGCCAAUUCGGUCUCCAACGUUCAAUGCUCCCGCUACAAGCUAAUGCCGCCGACCGUCGCGACAUCUAUAUUAUUUAUACUUAACAUUUGUUGAAGCGAACACGAGUAGUCUGUAACGCGCUGUAUAUACUUCGUUUUAUUUUGUUUGUGUCCAAAGAUGUAUGUGUUCAUGAUACGUGAAUGUUUUAUUUUACUUAUUUCUUUAUAUUAUUUAUUGUAUCCAGUUUUGCAUUUGCGUUGUUCCGGUCGACCCGCGCGUCGUGUUCGCGCCCCUUUAACGUUAACGCUCAAAGUGUCGUCAAACUAAAGUGAUCAACCCGACGUUUGCAUUCUGUUCACAAAUGUCAAUAAAAUGCUAUCAGAAAA